AUGCGUCUUCUCCAUAUGCAGCAUCAAGCCCACCACCAGCAACAAGGUCAUCAGCCUUCGCAGCAGCUCCAGCACUCGCGCCCUCCAAGCAUCGUCCACCAGCAUCACCAGCAGCACCCGCAGCACCAGCCGCCGCAGCAUCACCAGGGCGCAUACUCGUCGCAGCACUCUCUCCCGCAGGCGUACCAGAACAGCAGCCAGGCGACCAGCACGCCCGAAGCCUUGAACUACUACAACCACCCGAGCCCGUACAGCACGCCAGGUGCCACGAGCGGAUACACGUCCGCCGAUACCUCCGACAUGAUGGCCGCCGCCCAAAUGCCCAGACCUCCCUACCCUCCAAUGUCCUAUCAUACACCACAGUCCAACUCGCCCGCGUCAGUAGCGUCGCCGUCGCAGCAUGACCAGCACCGAAGUUUGUACGGCCAGCCGCCGUCGCAGCAUUUGCAGCAGUCCAUGUACUACCAGCCUCCGCCUCAAUACCAGUCCAUGCCCCAUCAGGCGGCACCCUCUCCCUACGCGCAACAUGCCCAUCACCACCAGCAGUCCAUGGCCUCGCAGCCAAACAUGAUGAUGUCGCAUGCGGCACCGCAGAACCAGAUGCCGCCGCACGCGGCGCAGCACGCGCAACACGCACAGCACGCACAGCACGCACAGCAUGCGCAGGCCGGCAUGACGGGCAGCCCGCGGCCCAAGAUCGAGCCCCAAGUCCCCCUGCAGCUGCAGAAGCAGCAGCCGCAGCCUUCUCCCAUGUCGCAACCCCACCACCAGCAAGGCCCGCCGCAGCUUCAGAGCCCCUCCAACCCGACUCCCGCCGUCAACCCCAACGCCGCCCCCGGCCCCAUCCCGGCGACGACGCCUCUGGUUGUCCGGCAGGACGGCAACGGCGUCCAGUGGAUCGCCUUUGAGUACUCGCGCGACCGCGUCAAGAUGGAGUACACGAUCCGCUGCGACGUCGAGUCGGUCAACAUUGACGAGCUGUCGCCCGAGUUCAAGCAGGAGAACUGCGUCUACCCCCGCGCCUGCUGCCCCAAGGACCAGUACCGCGGAAACCGCCUCAUCUACGAGACGGACUGCAACCGCGUCGGCUGGGCGCUGGCGCAGCUCAACAUCCCCCUCCGCGGCAAGCGUGGCCUGAUCCAGCGCGCCGUCGACAGCUGGCGCAACAGCAACCAAGACCCCCGGCUCCGAAGCCGAAGGGUCCGCCGCAUGGCCAAGAUGAACAGCCGCAAGCAGCAGCAGCAGGUCCAGGGCGCUCCGCAUCCCGGCGCCCACAUGUCGGGCCCCGGCGGACCAGGAGGCCUUUCCAACGCUCCCGCACCCAUGCCCACGGCUCACGCGCCCAACAUGGGCAAGCCCACGAUAGGCAGCAUGGGGCAGCCUAUGCACCACCACCAUGCCGGGGGCCACCCUGACAACGGCGCACCGGGUCAAGAAGAAGUCGGCCAAGGAAAUAAUUCAUACGAGGACCACCACCACCACCACCAGGCGCCAGCAGGUCAGAUGCCGCCCUCUGGCGGCGACGACGUGAGACAGGCUCACGUCUUCGCGGGAUAUGCGGGCCCGAGCUCAUACCCUGUCGGCGGCGGCCAGGGCGGGUCGAUGUCUCAUAUGGCCCCCCGGGCCAACGGGGCCAUACCGGCAAGGAGCCACAGCCGCGCUGCUGCUGACGACGACGACGACGGCAACGGCAGCGGCGGCGGCGGUGGGGGCAGCGACGGCCUGUUCCCUGACAUCCCCGAGGCGAAGCGGCGCAAGUUCAUCCUGGUCGAGGACAACGUGCGGGGGAACCGGCUCCGGGUGCGCGUUACGCUCGACGGGGUGGACACCAACGAGAUUCCGGACAGCUUCCGCAAGGGGGCGAGCGUCUUCCCGAGGAGCUACUUCCCGCGGGAGAUGCAGAGCCCGCCGCCAAGCGCCACGGGGUCGCGCUUCUUUGCCGACGAUGUUUCGGACGAUGGCGACGACGGCACGCAGGAGACGGAGGGCCGGGAGGCCUCGCGGCGUGGCGGCGGUGCUGGCUCCGAGAAGCUCCGGGGCGAGGUUGUCAAGGUCGUCGUGGCCGAGGGGCAAGAGGUGGAGGCGACGAUUCCGCGGAUGAAGAAGUCGGCGCGCACGAGGGAGGUGCGGCUGAAUGACCUCGGGUACCGCAUGGCUUGGCUGCAGAGCCGAGUGUUUUCUGGACGGACGGUGUUUCUUCAGCGAGCUCGUGAGCCUGGAAAGAGACGAUGGGCCGGCCGGAUGAAGCGCGGAGCCAAGGCUGGGGACGAUUAA